GUGGCACAUUGCUUUUCAUUUUUGAGUGUGUGAAAGAGAAAAGAAAACCGUCACCAAUAAAGGGAGAGACCUCAGUAAACCUAAACUGGUCCCCUGUUUUUUCUCCUAGACUUGCUCAGUUGCUCUGCAUGUAGCACUAAAUGCUUUCUCUGUGUCGGGUACUGUUUUGUCAACUACCUUCCAUUCCUCCUUCAUUAUACUCUUCUUCCAUUUCUUCUAAUUCCACACCCAUUUAUUGCUUCUUUUUAUAGUUCUUGUUCUGCUUUCUCUCUCUUUUUUGCUCGUGUUUUGCUCUCUGUGUUUUCAGUCUUCUCCUUCUCCCAAGAAAAAAAGAACAUUCCUUUAAUUAGCCAUUAUAGGUUAUUUAUUUCGCAUUUCUUGAUGGGGUUUUAGCAAGAUUCUUGCAGCAUUAAUUGUUUGGUAGCUCUAUCUCGACUUCUCUUCACAUUUAGACUUUAACGCUUCUCAUUUUCACUGAACUGGGACGGGGCCAGCCAGGACAUUUCUUUCCACUUGGGGUUAUUCAUGAUUAGCCAAGAAUUCUAAGGUCCAAUCUUGGAGGAAAUUUGGCUCCAUUUGAAGACACUGUUAAAUGGGUUGCUUCAAGAUUCUUGUGAUAGUGUUGGUUAUACGUGCUUUCUUCAUAACAAACACUUACCAGUUACAGUCCUAUGAAAUUCAAGCUCUUCUUCAGUUGAGAAAGCACUUAGAAUAUCCAAGUCAGCUAAAUGUUUGGGAGAAUUACAAUGGCGAUUUUUGUAGUUUGACUUCAACACCGCAUAUGAGCAUUACUUGUCAAGACAACUCUGUUACUGAGCUCAGAAUCAAAGGAGAUAAGUUGGUUAAGUUAACUGAAUUUAAUGGAUUUCCAAUUCCCAAUCAAACAUUAUCUGAGGGUUUCUCCAUUGCUUCCUUUGUUACCACUUUGACAAGGUUAAAUAACUUAAAGGUUCUUGCUUUAGUUUCUCUUGGUAUUUGGGGACCCCUUCCUGAUAAAAUUCAUAGGUUGGGUUCUCUUGAACUUUUGGAUAUGAGUUCAAAUUUUCUAUUUGGUUCUGUUCCUUUACAAAUGUCAAGAUUGGUAAAGCUUCAUACUUUAACCUUUGAUGGCAAUUUUUUCAAUGAUACUAUCCCUGAUUGGUUCGAUUUAUUAACCAAUCUCACUAUACUAAGCUUGAAGAACAAUAGGUUGAAGGGUCAGUUUCCUAUUUCGUUGUCUAAAAUCACCACCCUAACUGACAUUGUUCUGUCACACAAUGUGCUUUCUGGUAAAUUACCGGAUUUAACCGCCUUGUCUAAUUUGCUUUUAUUGGAUUUAAGGGAAAAUCAUUUGGGUUUUGAACUACCACCCUUGCCAAAAGGAGUUACCACAGUUCUUCUUAGUAGUAACGCUUUUUCGGGUGAAAUUCCGGUAGAAUUUGGCAUACUGAAUCAACUUCAACACCUUGAUCUGUCGAAUAAUUCUCUGAGUGGAACGCCGCCUGCUGACUUGUUCUCUUUGUCAAGCAUUAGUUACUUGAAUUUAGCGUCUAACGUUCUUAGUGGUUCGCUUCCUAACCUUCUACAUUGUGGGGGUGAACUUGGUUUUGUUGAUAUUUCUGAUAAUAGAUUGGUUGGUAUGCUUCCUUCUUGCUUGAACACAAUUUCGGAUAAGCGAAUUGUUAAGGUUGGUGAAAAUUGCUUGUCUAUUCACACUCAAUAUCAGCAUUCAGAGGGCUAUUGCAAACAAGCAAAUUCGGAAAAGAAAUGGAUCACUGGAAAAGAAAUAGCAUUAUUGGCAGGUGUUAUUGGGGGAAUUCUAAUUGUUGUGGUGUUUCUAUUAGUUGUGCUUCUCGUCAUUCGUAGAAGAAGACAUGCACACAACAUGAUGGAUCAACACAUGUUUCCGAAAGUUGUGCAACGUAAUACACAACCCGGAAUUCCAUCUGAACUCCUAGCAAAUGCCAGAAUCAUUUCUCAAGCGGCAAACGUAGGAUCACAAGAUGCCACAUCAUAUCGGGUGUUCUCCAUGGAAGAAUUGCUAGAAGCAACAGAAAAUUUUGAUCAGUCGGCAUUACUUGGUGAAGGGUCAGUUGGAAAAAUUUACAAGGGAAGAUUAGAGAAUGGAGUUUACAUUGCUGUAAGGUCAUUAAAUGUGUACAGAAAAUACUCUAACCGGAACCUCAAACUACGAUUGGAUUUAUUGUCAAAGUUUCGUCACCCCCAUUUAGUUAACCUUCUCGGUCACUGCAUUGAUGGCGGAGCACCAGAUGAUUCAACUGUGCCCAGAAUUUUUCUCAUAUAUGAAUAUAUCUCUAAUGGAAACUUCCGUGCUCAUCUAUCAGCUGUACCUGCAGAAAAUAGUCCAAGAAAGAUCCUCAAGUGGUCAGACAGGUUGUCAGUGCUGAUUGGUGUUGCCAAGGCUGUGCACUUUCUUCACACAGGCAUAAUUCCUUCUUCAUUUAGCAAUCGCUUGAAGACGAGUAAUAUAUUGCUUGAUGAGCAUAACAUGGCAAAACUUAGUGAUUAUGGGAUGUCCAUCCUUAUGGAAGAAAGUGAAAAGGCCAAACGAGAUGACUUCACCUCCUGGCAUAUGACAAAGAAAGAGGACGAUGUUUAUAACUUUGGUUUCAUACUACUGGAGUCACUGGUGGGUCCUGCUGUUAGUGGAAAAGGAGAAGCAUUUUUGCUUAAUGAAAUGGCAUCCUUUGGUAGCCAAGAUGGUCGACGCAGAAUUGUGGAUCCAAUAGUGCUAACCACUAGCUCCCAAGAGUCUUUGUCAAUUGUAAUAUCCAUCACCAACAAAUGCAUAUCUCCAGAGUCAUCAACUCGUCCCUCGUUUGAGGAUGUACUCUGGAACCUACAAUAUGCAGCUCAAGUCCAAGCUACAUCAGGUGCUACGUCGCCAUCAUGAGCUAUUUCAGAAGUUCAACUGCAUUGAAUCAACGGUAUUUAAUUUGGUCAUAGCAUGGGAGCAAGUUAGCUGAUUUCAUGAUGGUUGUGGAAGUACCAACCGGUAGGCUAACCUCAAGGCUCAAGUUUAAGCUAUCCCACAUUGUCUUUAUUUUGCAUUAGAAUUGUAAAUUAUAUUUAUCAAUUCUUUGAUUCUAGUAAUAGGUGAUGUUUGCAUAGCAAAGGCUCUAAUUUUAAAUUGUAUCCUAGGGGUACAACUAGAACAAUAGUACUGAGCUGUAUUUGUUGUUUCUUGUGAAAGAUCAAUAUUUUUGGUCCAGAUUAUAAUUGCAAAUAGGCAAUUGAACU